UGGACUGGCAGGUCUUUGAAAACCAUUAUGUCAUGGUGAUGGAGCGGCCUAGUCCAAGCAUGGACCUGGAGGCAUUCCUUGAAGUCAGCGGAGGAGUCCUCAGUGAGAAAACAGCACAUACCAUCAUGAGGCAAGCUGUUUAUGCGGCCAACGUGUGCUGUUACCGCGGGGUGUUCCACCGGGACAUUAAGCUUCAAAACCUGCUGGUGAACCCCGACACACUGGAAGUCAAGCUGAUCGACUUCGGGUGUGGAGACUUCAUGAUGGAAUCAGCCUACAGUAUCUUCUCUGGCACAGAAGCGUACAUCCCGCCAGAGUUUUAUGAAAAAGGAUGCUACCGGGCCAAACCAGCGACGGUCUAUUCUCUUGGGGUUCUUCUGUUCACAAUGCUCCAUGGAGAAUUCCCAUCAGCGUAUGACCUGUACUACCUCCAACAUGACUGGUCCAAAUUUACCCUCUCUCAAGGUGAGAUGUUCAUCAAAGAACAAUUAAGUGAAACAGCUUAAUAAUAAUAAUAACAAUAACCUCACCUCUCCAUUUCUUCUUCACAGAAUGCUGUGAUAUGAUGAGGGCUUGUCUGCAUGAGAAUCCAGAGUGCAGAAUUCCUCUAGAAGAGAUGCCUUACCACGACUGGUCCAUGCUGGAGUUCUGAGUCACAUUAGCAGAAUGUUUUGUAUAUUUGAUUUUUGUACAUGUCUGUAAUAAAGAUAUAUUUUAUUGAACUCA